GUUUGAACCGUUGCAUGAUUAACAUAUCAAAACUCCACAAUAUCAUUUUUGCGUGUGCGUGUAACCAAUAAAAUUGUGCAGUUAUAAGCUAAGGAAUAUAAGAGUGGUGGAAAAAAGAGGAAUCUGAAGUCUUAAGGUGUGUUUUUUCGAGCAGCAUUUUUUUGGUUGUUGGAACGUGGUCCUUCUGAGAAGAAUUUAUAACAAGAAAAAAAAACAACGUGAACAAAUUUUGCUAUCAAAAUCACAUAAUCCGGAACUGGAAUUGCGUCGUCGUCGUCGUCGUGGUCGAGAGAGUGAGGGUGAAUCGUAAGGGAAAGGAGUUGAGGGUUAAAAGUUGGAAAAUUGAUCGGAACGUGGAAGUCGAGAGGAAUUCAAGUGGCAAACUGUAAGACUGUCUGCAACCGUAAAGGCGCUUUGGCUGUGCACAUUGGUGGUGCUUAAAAAGUGUGGCAAAGAAUCCAAUGUUAAUUUAGUUCAAUUGUUUCGAGUAAAUUAUGUGAUACAGGCAUAUGAAGAUUGAAUACAUAAUAGUUUAAGUUGUGUGGGAAGUGAGUAAGUCAACUGAUUUGGAGUAAAAACCUUAUUUCCAUCAUAAUUGCAUGUUUUUAAAAAGUGGAGUAAUAUGUAAACAACGCAAAUGAAUAGAUCAAUUGCAAAAAGGAGGCAAGCAUAAAAGGUUUCUGUGGCGAAGAAAAGUGGGCUUAGCCUUCCUGAGAUAAAGUGGUGAUACAAAGAGUGUUACGCAAAGCACAACAGAGAAGAGAUAAUGUCGUCGAUUAGCAUGGUCGUGGGAGCAGUCUUGCUGCUGUGUAGUGCUGUGAUAAGUCCAGUGUAUGGAAUUUUCGACCGGUUGGUGGUCCAAACGAGCAGCGGACCAAUCCGGGGACGGUCAACGAUGGUGCAAGGUCGGGAGGUGCACGUGUUCAACGGGGUGCCGUUUGCGAAACCACCCGUCGAUGGACUACGCUUCCAGAAGCCUGUCCCGGCUGAACCAUGGCAUGGAGUGCUGGACGCCACAAGGUUACCUCCGUCAUGUAUUCAGGAGCGAUAUGAAUAUUUCCCGGGUUUUGCCGGCGAGGAAAUGUGGAAUCCCAACACAAACGUAUCGGAGGACUGUCUGUAUUUGAACAUUUGGGUACCAACGAAAACCCGUUUGCGCCACGGACGAGGACUAAACUUUGGAAACAACGACUACUUCCAGGACGAUGAUGACUUCCAGCGGCAGCACCAGUCCAAGGGCGGCCUCGCGAUGCUGGUCUGGAUCUACGGGGGUGGGUUUAUGAGCGGAACAUCAACGUUGGACGUUUACAACGCAGAAAUACUGGCGGCCGUUGGAAACGUAAUCGUGGCCUCGAUGCAGUACCGAGUGGGAGCAUUCGGUUUCUUCUACCUUUCGCCCUACUUGAACGGUCGUGAAGAGGAGGCUCCAGGCAACGUCGGACUUUGGGACCAAGCGUUGGCUAUCCGGUGGCUCAAGGAGAACGCCAAGGCCUUCGGCGGCGAUCCGGAUUUGAUCACACUGUUUGGCGAAUCGGCCGGGGGCAGUUCGGUCAGCUUGCAUCUGUUGUCCCCGGCAACGCGUGGGCUGUCCCACCGUGGCAUCUUGCAGUCCGGAACCCUGAACGCGCCCUGGAGCCACAUGACGGCGGAGAAGGCCCUAUCGGUGGCGGAAUCGCUCAUCGACGAUUGCAACUGCAACGUCACCCUGCUGAAGGACUCACCCGGCUCAGUGAUGCACUGCAUGCGAAACGUGGACGCAAAAACCAUCUCAGUCCAGCAGUGGAACUCUUACUCGGGCAUUUUGGGAUUCCCGUCGGCGCCAACAAUCGACGGCGUGUUCAUGACGGCCGACCCGAUGACCAUGCUGCGCGAGGCCAAUUUGGAGGGAAUCGACAUUUUGGUGGGAAGUAACCGUGACGAAGGCACAUACUUCCUGUUGUACGAUUUCAUCGAUUAUUUCGAGAAGGAUGCAGCCACGUCGUUGCCGAGGGAUAAGUUCUUGGAAAUAAUGAACACCAUUUUCAGCAAGGCGUCGGAACCUGAGCGUGAAGCGAUUAUAUUCCAGUACACUGGCUGGGAGAGUGGCAACGAUGGAUACCAAAAUCAGCAACAAGUUGGGCGAGCAGUCGGCGAUCACUUUUUCAUCUGUCCCACCAACGAGUUUGCGCUGGGUCUUACCGAGCAGGGUGCUUCGGUGCAUUAUUACUACUUCACGCAUCGCACGAGCACCUCUUUGUGGGGCGAAUGGAUGGGCGUUUUGCACGGCGAUGAGGUGGAGUACAUUUUUGGCCAGCCGAUGAACGCAACCCUGCAGUACCGACAACGAGAACGUGACCUUAGCCGGCGCAUGGUCCUUUCCGUGAGUGAAUUUGCGCGAUCCGGCAAUCCAGCGUUAGAGGGUGAACACUGGCCGUUGUACACCAAAGAGAAUCCUAUUUACUUCAUUUUCAACGCGGAAGGUGAGGACGAUCUGCGGGGAGAGAAAUACGGCCGGGGUCCGAUGGCUACGUCGUGCGCGUUCUGGAACGAUUUCUUGCCCCGACUUAGGGCAUGGUCAAUUCCACCAAAAUCUUCGUGUAAUCUGCUAGAACCGACGUCGGGAGCACACGUGCGCUACGUGGACAUUAAAGUGCUAACAGUGUUAUCGGUGUUAAUCGUGCUGAGAUUAUUCUAAACGCAUCCAAACGCCACGAAUCACACCUAUCUGACCCUUUCCCACCCUCCCCUCAAACACCGCUGAGCUAAAUAGAUAAUGUGUACAACAAACACCUCCCACCACCACCAGUAAACUAACUACCAGCAGCAACCAAAAUUACCCGAGAAGGAUGCCAGAGGAGAGCAGCAGCAGGUGAAGCAGAGCUUUACACGUGACCAUCCCACACACCCACUCGUAGGAUUAACUUUAGUACAAGGGACAUAGUAAUAUAAUCAAUUUUUUAGUAUUCUCAACACAUGAUGGAACACGGUGACGAGACCCUUAAUGAUAAGGCAAACAAGAAGGAUGAGAAAAAAGACACACACAAUUCGUGGCAAGGGCCAUUUUUCGCGAAGAAAAACUGCAAAUAAUUUACCGAUGUUGAUAUCGAGGUUUUGCUGACCUUAGAAUGCCGAGAUUGUUGUUUCGAAUGGAUGGAAGCGAUUGGUUUUCCGAUUGUGCGUAAGGAUGAGAUUUGGACGGAGAAAGUAUAUGAAGUGAAUGUUCCGAGCUUGACUGGUGAGGCGCGGGCGCUUUCCAUAAAAUAUUUUUUGUUCAAAAACAAAGAAACAGCAACACAACAGAAAACACACAUACACGUGGUACAGGCCACACCGAGUCCCCGUAACCUCACAGGAACAAAAAAAAAACAAUGUUUGUUAGAGAAGUAAGUAUGCAAAUCGCUAAAGUCACCAUUAACUGUUUGCAUGAUCAAAGGAAAUGUCGAAUCACGUGUUUUAUGAAAGUUUAAAAAUAGUGGAAGUAAGCUAACGUUCAGGAUUCAACGUUUAAAAAAAUUCUUGUUAGAUGUACUAUUGGUUCAAAUGCAUCAAGUGUUUUUUGUUUUAUUUUUGUUGAAAGAAUCUCAGUUUGAUAAGAGUCAUGUCAGCUGGACAUGCGUUAUUUUCUAUUUCUGCAGCAAUAUAGCAAUGAAUAGUUGUUUCAAUGUUUUAAGUGUUAUAGAAUAUAAAUAUGCGAUAUUGUGGAACCAUAGACAUAAAGAUAAAACUACACAUACAUAAUGCAUAUCAUACGUGUAAGGUAGUGUAUUACUGAUAACCGAAGCAAGUGUGAGGUAAAAUUCUUCAACAGUUACAAACGUAUCACCCUUGACUGACGUUGAUUUUGUUUCAGUUCGCAUAAGUGCAAAGAAAAUUAUUUGCAAUUAAGUAUGCAAACAUUCUCUGAACAAUAGCAAAAUGACAGAAAAAAAAACAAAAUGAGUAUUAUUCUGAAGGGUAUUAGUAUGUAAAAUUACACAACACAAGAUUUUCCAAAAGACCUAACCAGUAUGUCCUUUUUAUUUAGAAAAAAAAUCCUUCAAGGUGCAAACAAUGUGAAACAAAACAAAAAACAUAUCAAUGAGCAGGAAAAGUCGCAAACAUAUCAUUAUUAUUGAAAGAAAAAAGACAAAACGAACAAAACAUAUAAAUGGCCGCACGCUUUUUUGUGUGUCGUAAAUUUAAACGAGAGAACUAAUAUCGUAACACUUCGUGGAAGGUAGAAUGAUGAAAUAACCGUUUUGAAACGCCAUAACCCACCCUCCUUUUAUAUACAUACCAUUUUAUACACAAGUUUAAAAAGUAAAAGCCACAAACUGAUUUCACUAUCCUUCCACCAACUUGUAUGACAAAUAGAGGAUAACUUAUAUGAUAAACACAUUCUAGUAAUAAAAGGAGCUCUAACCAAAUAAAAGAAAAAGAUGGUGAAGAAAUAAAGUGCAUUCGUUGUUAGUUGUGCACGUUCCCCAAAGCAAAACUUAUGAUAAUAUUGGCAGGUUUUAGAUAAGCUGACACUUUAUAUGAAAAAAAAACAAAACUCAUCGAAACUUAUGAAUCUCAUCGUAUGUCUUAAAUCAAAAUAAAAUAUUAUUUUGAAAGUAUCGUUUUGCUUUGAUUGUAUGUUUUCUUUCACACCAAAAUAUUCAAUUUGAUCAAUAUUACCUUUGACUGAAAAGAAUAGCUCUAAAUUGUUAUUGUAGUUUGUUGAUUUUUUUCUAUUGUAGCAAAACCUCUGUUUUCGCAAUGCUUUAAUUUCCCUGAAUUUUCUAAAACAUUUCAUCAUAUUUGCAUAUUUGCAUGCAAAUUUAAAACAUGAUGCGACGAAUGUUUGACGGUCCUUGAAGCAAUAAAUUACAUAAUCUGUAUCGGAAAUGUGUUACUUGGAGAAGGGAAGCUAUACCGGAAUUUGUGUUACGUUAUAAUUGAACGAACCUUUGCUAUCUUAUUUUGGUUGUCGAGCUUAGGUAUGACUAGUAAACUACUCUUGAGGGAUUUACAUUUUUUUAAUCCACGAUGGCGUCCAAAAUGGCGGUGAUGAAAUAUUGAGAAAAUGUAUUUGGUAAUUCAAUGGGCAAUCAACCAUUAAAGUUGCACUAAAAUGGGGUCGUUGAACUUGAAUUUGAUGUUAAAAACAAGAAAACAAAGACUUCUUUUUUCAAUAUUUUGAUCAUGAGUCAAUUAUACGAAGUGCCAUACAAACCAUCGGAUAAUCGACACUUCGGGUAAACGAGACUUUGAACAAUCGAGUUUGGACUGUAUUCAGUAAUGUUUGAGAACUUGUCACUAAUAAAGUGCCAGCAGCUGGACACUUGGUUGCGGCUGAGGACAAAAACAAAGACCAGCAGAGCCAACCAAGACCCCUACACAAUCCCCCUUCUCUGCCUACGCCUUGUCUUUUAACCUCAAUCCCUUCCCCUAAUAACCCCGAGAAGGCCGCGGGUAAUCGGCUCCUAUACUCUUAGCUUUAAGUAAAAUGUAAUUACAAAAGCUGACUCGGUCCUAAUAAAAAUAAUUUUAUGAAAAAAAUCGACAAGAAAAUUGUUGACACUUUUUGAACAUUUAAUAUUCUAUUGGUAAGUAAACUAACCUUUUCCAAAAUAACUAGUUUUGGAAGGUGAGAUAGCAAUGAAUAUUAUUUGUUCUUUUUUGUUCUUGCAUGUUGGCAUGCAUGUCUUCUAUAAAAAAUAAUUUUGUCAAAAAAAACAGGAAAUGCAAAUAUAUUGUGAUGUUUUAGAGAAAUGCAUUCAAAACCUGAAGGUAAUGUAACUGCGUAAAACGAGGUUUGGCUGUUAGUGAUUGUAUGGUUAAGUAUAGUAUCGUUUUGUAAUAUCUAAGUAAAUGCUAACUGGUUAGAUUAGUGCCUAACUGCGGUAGACUGUGCAGAAGUAAAGGCGAUAGAUUGUGGAAUGCACUGUUCUCAAAACAAAUGUACAACAACAAAAAAGUAUCAAGUGUUUGCAAACAAACUGCAACAUAUCAAAUAAAAUAUAUAUAAAAAAAAUCAUUGUACGAAAUCUGUUCUGUGGGAAACAAUAUUAAAUUACACUCUAGUGAAGAAACAAAACCAAUAACUCUUGGAAAUAUUUAAAUGAAAACGCAAAUGUUAUUGAAGGCAAGACAAAAAAAACUGCAUUGUAUGGUAGAUUUGCUAACAGACACUUACAAAGCACACGCUUGCACUACAACUCACACUUCCUUAUUGGAUGCAUCCUCUAACUAAUCGCCCGUAUUAACUCAAUUUUGAAAAAAGCCAGCAAGUGGUUAAAAACACACAUAACAUGCAUAUUAAACAAGCCGAGCCUUUUCACUUGAUAGCAGAGUUUUCUAUUUAUUUAUCUAGCAAGAUUUAAUAGGACACACCUUUUUGUAAACACAUUGUAUACAAAAUAAAAAAUAGAAACAAUGCAAAUGCAGCAAAUAUUAUUCGUACAUACACACACAAUACACGUGGAUAUCUCUGUAGCCAGUAAGCAAAGCAUGUUUUUGAUAAAUCCAUAUUUGAACCAAAUUAACACAUCCAGCGACAAAUAUGCAAAAAGAAAAAAAAUAAGUGUAAAAAUAUAGGCAAAAUAAAGUACACGAAUAAUAAUCUAGUGCAUGUGCAUCUAUAGAUGAUCAGCUGGUCUGAUAAUACAAACAAACGUAGAAAUUACGCGCGGCAAAUGGACAAACGAACCCUUGCAAUGUACAUGGAGAAAGUUUUGAUGUGUAGGAAUGUGUCGAGCCGUUUACCGAUAUCAAUAAAAACAAACAAAUCUUAAGAAAUGUACCCAGAAACACACCAAACUCACUGAAGAUUCAAGAAAUUUUGGUUGGAAAGUUCUGUUAUGGAAUUGAUUGAAAAAUUAUAGCAUGAGCAUUUUAACAAGAGUAUAGUGUUUAUGAAGUUGUUUAUUAAACAUUUGCUUUUCAACUGAAUAGAUUUUAUUCGUGUCAUGCUAUUUCUGGACAAAGUUCAAUCAGUUGAAUUUGUUAAAAACAUGUACACCAAUUUGUUGAAGGUUAAAAACUUUACAUGCGCGUCAUAUGUGGCAUAUAGUACAUACAGUAAUUACCAAACUGGGUUGAGAACGUAGCUAAUCACCUAAUGCUACUCGCUAACUGGGCUGAAAGAAAAAUUACGAGUAGUCCACAGAUUCAAUAAUAUUUUCCUUAUAAAGUGUAAUUUAAAAAUAAAAGUUACUCAAAAUUAUUCACAAUGCUUACUUUACACAUUUCUUUAAUUGCGAUUUUAAAUUAAAUAAAAGUAAAAAAAGCUUUUUUAUUUAUUGAACACGAUUUUUGUAUCCAUUAACCCCUCGGUCAAUAAUGAAGAAAAAAAAAACCUCGGUCAUCUCGGUUCGUUUUUUUACGUUUGGGCUACGGCCCAGUUUUCGAGCGCUUAGUUACUGAACAAGUACUCUAUCACUGUGUACUACGAAGAAAGAAUUGUUCGAUGCCGGUGUGCUCUCUUGUACUAAGCUUGCUGGGGUUCCUAUUUAGAAAGUACAAGAUGCUACAUGGGCAUCGUGUGUAGAAGGUCUCCAGAAGACAUCAAUUGUUGUAAAUGCACGAAUGAAUUCGAGUUUGUUGGAAGUGUUGGGAUUAAGGAAUUGAGUGGAAAAAUCAUUAAUUUUUAUUUAUUAUUGCUUGCUUUAUUUGUUGUUAUCAAUCAAACCGCUUAACCACAGAUAAACAGAUGUAAAUCUGAUUAAAAAUCCAUCAAUCUUUUAUCCUCAUAAUUGCCUGCUUUGAUACAAAAAAAUUAACUGGAAUUAAGAAUUGAAAAUCCUCAUGCUCGAUAGUUUUGCCACAUAAAGGAGGUAUAAACCUAUGACAAACAAACAAAUAAACUCGCAAUGUUUGGCGUUUGGCUGUUUGCCAAAAUCGCAAUCUUGUGCGCGGCCAACUCGCAAACAUAGCAAAAUGUAUGCAAGCUGACUUUUAUGCUAAAAGAAAAAUGCAGGCAAACUGUCAAACUGUUGGAAAAUGCGAGUUUAUUUGUUUGUUUGUCAUAGUCUAAUAGCUGCUUAUUGUUCAGAUCAAUAUGAGCAACUUGAUUAAAAAAAACUGAUCAUUGCUAUAUUUGGUAAGAUGUUUUUUUUUGGGUUAUGUGGUGUAUUGUUCAUGUAGAAAUCACGAGAUUUUUUUUCUACAAAAUUGAUUUAUUUUACAUUGCAUCUGAUCAUAUUUCCAACACAUGGAUAAGGAUGCUGGCUGUUUGUACUGAGUGAGUAAAACAAUCAAAACUCAAUCCUACUUUGUUGAAUUAUUGAAAGCUCCAAUAGAAGUACACCCAAUCACCACAUGAUGGAAGAUGGAAAUAUACGGAAUGAACGCAGAAAACAAAUGUCAAUUUUAUGUAUUUAGAGUACUAGCUAUCGUUACAAUAAAUAGCAACUAAACUCAUCGAUGCAUGCACACACGUACACACUUUUAGAGCUGAUAUUUUGUAAAAUUGAUAUAAUACGACGCUUUAUUCAUAUGAAAGACUCUAUAUUGGAAGAAAAUUUGCUACCUAUACUAUUAGAAUGCCGUAGAGAAUUAGCAUAGUAGCGAGUAAUUAAUUUUAAAUUAAAAAAGGCAUAAAAGUGUAUUUGUGCAUGAUCUAGAAGCGAGCAAAGACAAAGCACAGAAUUUCUGCAUUAUAAACGCUCUGUUAUUUGAAACCUGUCAUAUUACUUUUUAACAAAAAGGAAACACAACGCACUCUUAGCCGAUUUCAGAUCGAAAUCUUUUUGUAAAAUGAGUCAGAGUGAUCGCUCCAGUAUUCGAACAAAAUAAACAAAAAACAAAAUGACGAAAGAUCCAUGGUAAACAUAUCUACUAAACGUGAUUAUAUUAUAGAACAAUCUGUGCAUAGCUCUUAGAGAAUAAUAAAGGAAAACAAUAUCAACACAAACAAAAACACAACGUAGAGGUCGAACAAUGUGCUAAGUAAGCUACACACACAACAAAAAUGGUUUUAAAGAACAACCGUAUAUAGAUCAAUAAGCCUGUUAAUGUGCUUUAUUCUCGGUAAAAUUUAAAACGCAUGACGUGUUUACACAUAACAUACAAUACUUUAUCAGUGCGAUCAUCAUUUGAAAAAAAAGUUAGAAUAAAGUAAUAAUACAUAACAAUGAUGCUUAUGAUGACUUUUACAAACACCUUAUAGGCUAUCCUUUUAGAAUCCUAGUUAUUAGUGGAAAACAACAUGAUGAGGGCAUUUGCAACAAAACAUAUUUAUACCAAAAAAAAGAAACUUGAGUUUAUGUGCAACUUGCCAAAUUUUAGCCUUUAUUUAUUUAGAAAAAAUGCAUUUCCAAAGGAAGAAAAGUUAAAAGACGAACACGGCACCUUUGUGUGAAAUCUAUGCUCAACAAGUCGACAACAAGAUCUUGGAAAUUAUCUCAUUAUUUUAUAUGCAUUUGAGAGUUUGUAGCGUAUGAAGCUAUGUCACACUAUUGUUCUUUUACACACAUACAAAACAUCACACAGACAUACACACUCACACAUGUGGCAUUGCAAAUAUUAUGUGUUCAAGAGGAAACCUCUAACCUGACACAGGAAGACAAGUUUCACCCAAGUAGGCUGUACAGUUUCGGUGCUUUCAUCCGUGAUGGAACAAAGGAAUUUCUUUUGAAAUCUAUUCGACAUUUUUUAAAUUACCAUUUGUUAGAUUAAAUAACAUUGGGAAAAUAAAUAUAUGCGUUCGCCUUCUUAUUGACAAAUUUGAUUGAUUGUCAAUAUUUUUGAAACAACAUUAUAAGUUUUUAUUUUUAUUUUCUUAGACGUCCGUGGUCUAAUUCAACGAUUCACAAAAGUGAAAACUAUCAGUUGCAAACAAAAGCUUUGUUCUUAUAUUUUUUUCUAUACGAUACAUGUUUACUGUUUUUUUUAGUAGGAGAUGACUAUGAUAUGAAAACGUUUCCAUUAUUUUGAAAGCAUUGUUACUUUUUUUAAAGAUACAAAUCAUACAUAUCUAGUGUAUACUAAAGCCACACUUACAAAUAAAAAAAUACGAUGCAAAAGACAAAUGCUUUUACUGUGGAAUUACACUGCACACAAUCAAACACACACACACAUAAACACAAUAGGGCAUCGGUGCUAGCCUGCCAUUCUAAACGUCGUUGGUUCGAACCCGAUCAGAGAGUAGAUUAAAAAUGCACGUGAUGAUUGCAACAUUGCUGAAGCGCUUAACCAACUCGAAGCGUUUCAGAAAUGAAAGUUAAUCGCGUUAGACUCGAACAGCGAUAUGCCAUGCAACGUGUCGCAUACUGUACUUCGAUGCGAAUUGCCUCUUCGCUUGAAACAGUUCCGUCACGCGACGCUUGACAUGCAACGCUUCCCUCAGGCGUGCAACCUUUGUUGCACACGGAGGCUUGCCCGUCGAACCAUCGAACGUGUUGAACGGAAAUAGUAAACUUAAAAAAAAAAAACAAAGAACGAUUGAUUUAUUGUAGGUAGGCACACCGCAGAGCCGUACUAUGUACUAGCAACUUCUAGCAGAUCUAUACAAAAAAAAACAAUGUUCUUUAGCCAGCACUUCUGUGUACAUCGCAUCGCGUUGAAGAUGUUUGAACAGAGGAAAAAAAAGUAAGUGGAAAAGCAACAAGAAACAAUGUUUGUACCCAAACACGUAUCAGAGACUAGGAAAAGAAUACAUAUCAACUAUAUAUUUAUACAUACGACAUAUGUAUUUUAUAGAAUAAAUUAUUUAAAUAAGAAGGUGCCGUUGCGAACGGAAAAAGUAUGAAGAGAAUAUUUUAUAAGGAAAUAACAGAGUAAAAAGGUAAACGAAAAUGUAACACAACAAAUAUAUAUAUUUAGAAAACAAAUAUGAAAAAAAAAAAACUUAAAUGCUACCCUCACAUCCAUAUUUUAUCAAAAACAAAACGAAAGCAGAAAAAACAAGAAAUGCAAAUAAAAACACACAGAAAAUGU